UGCCUUCUUCGCCCACACAGCGGGGCUCUCAUGUACAGCACACAGCAGCAGCUGAUCUCGUUGACACUCGACACUUGACUCAGUUCUCUCUCAGGACUCGCAGCUGCAUCAUCAUCAUCAUCAUCCCUUGGCCGGAUUGAAGAGCUGUGCUCGUCAUCGUUCCGCCAGCCGAUGCGUGAGAGUCUGAGGAUAUCAUCGCCUAUCCCUACCACGGUCCAGCCGCGGCGCUUGCGUUCGGUGAUCCUUCUGCCCGGCUCGAGGAGCUCGCGAUCAUGGGAGUCAUGGGAGUGACCCUGAACUCUCUGGAGAAGGAUGGCGACGUGAAUAGCGCGUCCGCUUAUAAAACCUCCGCUGCAGAGGGUUUCCAGUCCAGGUCCAGAGCCAAGCCCACGAUUGCCAUCUCUGGGCUGCAAAUUCACGGCGGCUCGAUCCUCAGUCCCAAGGUGUCCGAGUUCGGCAGGACUGCGAGUUUCGGCAAGCCUCCUCUCCACAAAAUGAUUUCUCAUCCUUCUGCAGAUGACCUGAACAACUCGUACGCCAGCUACAUGGGGAAUUCCGAGGGCGACAGCUCGGAGGGAGAAUGUCAACAGGUCCACGACUCCAGCCGCUAUGGGGAAGCCAAGCAUGCGGACGAGAAGUUCGAGCAAUAUGGAAACGAUCUUCACGAUCAGGGGCCAAAGUUCAAGAGGAUCGAGGCAGGGCCAGAGGAAAGCGAGACCGAGGACGAAGACGAGGACGAGGACGAGGAGCACGUGGAUUGGGUGUAUCCCGAGGAUAAAAUGUCCGUCCAAGACAUGAAUUAUGGAGUGGAUUCUCGCGACCUGGGCACAUCGGACGACUGGAUUCAGCGUCACCCUUCUCUCGUUCGUCUGACAGGGCGGCAUCCGUUCAAUUGCGAACCUCCUCUUUCCGCACUGAUGGAGCACGGAUUCAUCACCCCGGCAUCCAUACAUUACGUCCGAAACCAUGGCUAUGUUCCUCACGGAGACUGGGACAACUGGAAGUUCGAGGUCAGCGGACUUGUCAAAAGGCCGAUGAAGCUCAGCAUGCAGGAUUUGGUGACAAAAUUCCCCCAGAGGGAGUUCCCGUGCACCCUCGUGUGCGCCGGCAAUCGGCGCAAGGAGCAGAAUAUGACUGCGCAGAGUAUUGGGUUCAAUUGGGGAGCGGCUGCCGUGAGCACCUCCGUCUGGAAAGGAGUGCGCCUGUGCGAGGUGCUUCGAUAUUGCGGCGUGAUGUCGAGAAAGAAAGGAGCUCGUUACGUGUGCUUCGAGGGCGCUGAGACUUUGCCUGCAGCCGGCGGUACCAAAUAUGGAACGAGUCUUACCAUCGAGAAAGCGCUGGACGAGUCGUGUGACGUCAUAUUGGCCUAUCAACAAAACGGAAGACGUCUGGAACCAGAUCACGGCUAUCCUUUGAGGAUGAUUAUUCCCGGGCACAUCGGAGGACGCAUGGUCAAGUGGCUCACUUCGAUCUCCGUUACGAGCCAAGAGUCGGGAAACCAUUAUCAUUACAACGACAAUCGCGUGCUUCCUUCGCAUGUGGACGCUGAGACGGCUAAAGCAGAGGGGUGGUGGUACAAGCCGGACUACAUCAUCAACGAGCUGAAUAUAAACUCGGUCAUAACCACACCGGCGCACAACGAGGUGCUGCCAUUCGAUUCGAUUCAGAAGCCUUACACGGUCAAAGGCUACGCUUACACCGGAGGAGGCAGGAAGGUGACGCGAGUGGAAGUGUCGCUGGAUGCGGGCGAGACCUGGCGACUGUGCGACAUCGAUCGGCCCGAGCGCCCGACGAAGCACGGCAGGUACUGGUGCUGGGUUCUGUGGGAGCUGGACGUCGACGUGACGGACUUCCUGCAGUCCAAGGAGCUGGUCGUGCGUGCAUGGGACUCGGCCCUCAACACCCAAGCCGAUCGCCUCACGUGGAACGUUAUGGGAAUGAUGAACAACAACUGGUUCCGGGUGAAAGUGCAAGCGUGCAAGACGGCAGCGGGAGGAAUCGGUCUGAGCUUCGAGCAUCCGACGUGUCCCGGUAACCAGGCCGGAGGGUGGAUGGCGAAGCUGAAGAAGGGGGCGGACUCGAAGGCGCAGCAACCGGUCGAGCCGGUUCCGGCGAAGAAGACCAUGGUGAAGAGUUCGUCGACGCCGUCGUUCCGGCAGCCGACCGUCCGCCAGAUCUCGAUGAUCGAGGUGCGCCGGCACACGCACUCGGAGUCGGCCUGGAUCGUCGUGCACGGCUCGGUCUAUGAUUGCACGGGCUUCCUGCAGGAGCAUCCGGGCGGAGUCGACAGCAUUCUCCUCACGGCCGGCACCGAUGCCACCGAGGAAUUCGAUGCCAUCCACUCCGACAAAGCCAAGGCCAUGCUCGAGAAGUACAAAAUCGGGGAGCUGAUCGCCGAGAGCGAGUACGAUAGCUUCUCUGCGUGCUCGACGCCCGAAGGCUCGCUUCGUGGCGGCAGCAAUUUCAAGUACCUCACGCCCAUAUCUGAGCUGCCGCCCGUGCUCGCGAAACCCGUGGCUCUCAAUCCCAAGGAACGCAUUUCGUUCCAGCUCGUCGAGAAGGAGAAGCUGAGCGCCAACAUCUGCAAGCUGAGAUUCGGUCUGCAGAGCAAGGAGCACAUUCUGGGUCUGCCGGUGGGCAAGCACGUGCUGAUCGCUGCGAACAUCAACAACAGGCUCGUCAUGCGUGCCUACACUCCGGUCAGCUGCGAUAAGGAUGUGGGCUACUUCGAUCUACUGGUCAAAAUCUACUUCAAAAAUGAGAGCUAUCCCUCGGGAGGGCUCAUGUCGCAGCAUUUGGACAGUCUGAACAUCGGCGAGUCGAUCAUGGUGAAGGGACCUCUGGGCCACAUUCACUACCGAGGCAAGGGGCAGUUCGACGUGAACAACUCCCCGAAGCAGGCGAGGAAAUUCGCCAUGGUCGCCGGAGGCACCGGGAUCACGCCCAUCUACCAGGUGAUACGUGCCAUUCUCGAAGACCCCGAAGACAGCACGGACAUUUCUCUCAUCUACUGCAAUCGCAGCGAGUCCGACAUCAUGCUCAAGGAUCAGCUCGACGAGUGGCAAGAAAAGCACUCCAACUUCCGAGUGUGGUACACUGUGACCGGGCCGGUGCGCGAGGGCUGGAAGUAUGGUACGGGCCGUAUGAGCGAAUCGAUGAUGGCCGAGCACUUGCCGCCCUCUGCUGCUGAUACGUACGCCUUCAUCUGUGGCCCACAGACGCUCGAGAACACGUCCUACGAUACCCUCGAGCGCCUUGGCUAUGACAGAAAGUUCUGCUUUUCGUUCUAAACCGUGCAGGCGGGCGAGCGGGUCUUCAUUCCGGACUGGGGAUACACGCAAGCAGUAAAUGCCGUUUUCUAUUCUGCGGAAGUGACGACGUCAAAUCAAACAUCAUGCUUGGCCAUUUCUGCAAUGCGGUGGUUUUGAGUCACGUUCAGUUAGCUCUUGUAGGAAUACGUCUAGAGAUGUGCGCAGGUCACUCCCAUUGUUCGUCUCCAAGUCUCUAGCAUAGCAAUUGUACAUUUUACGACGCAUCCUCACAGGGAGUUCUGUGUAAUUCUCGCAAUCAAAGCCAAUGUACAGGGUCAACAGCAGCAUUAGAUGAGUACACAUUAUAUUACACUGACAGUUCUUCUCGUAAUGCAGUACUUCCGGCAAUAGUUAGCAUAAGUUAUUGUGGUUGCUGUAUACUCAAAUCGCUUGACUGUAAAUAUACUUUUUUCUAUCAGUAACUUUCUAUUGCGUAACUUAUCAUCGAUCCUUGUCUACCUUCUCGCCCUUUCUUCAGCCAGCGCUUGACACCAAAUUGCCAAAGGACAUUGGUGACUCAAAAUUGAUAUCUCCUCUACAUCAGCUUGCUAAACCUUUAGAUUCUUGUUGAGAAACC